AUAUUCUCUGUAUUUGUACCGACUGCAGCUUGUGUACAAAUGCUGCUAGAUACAUUUUUAUAUGUGUGUUUGCUAAAUGAGUCAUUUAGUGGUUCACUUUUUGUAAAAGUGAAGUUUUACCAUCACAAAUAAUUCAGUGGAUCAAUAUUAAAAGAAUUCAUUCAUGCAUUGACAUUAUGACAAUGACCAACAAUGUUUCCUUUAUUUCCACGUGUAGCUCUGAGUGUUGUGGUGGUGAAACCGCUCAACAUAGAUGGACGUAUUGGAACAAAUGUUACAUUCAAAUGCUCCGACUGGAACGUUUGGACUGAUGUAAAAUAUAAUGUAAAGUAUCUUUGUGCUGAUCCAUGCUCAAGAGUCAUCAUCAAAGCAGCAUUUAAAGAGACUGUACGUAAGAAUAGAAUAGAGUUAACUAACAGUGCAGAAGGUUUAUUUGUGACCUUCAUUCAUCUCCAAAAGUCAGACUCUAAGAAAUAUUAUUGUGCAGUGGAGAGACCUGGCCCAGAUUCAUAUAUAGAGGUGAAUCUUAAAGUCAUAGAUGCUGAGUCUUCCACUCCCAAGACAACUCCAAAAUCAUUUGCUGUUACAAAGAGCUCCACAGUGUCUUCAAGCAGCUCAGACAGUAUUACUGAUCUGUCUGCGUCAUAUACGACCCUUUAUACAACAACACCUACUGCAUCAGCAACACAAGGACUGGGAAGUGUACCAUAUUUGAUUCUGGGUGUCACUGUUAUACUAACCAUACUGCUGGUCCUACUGAAGCUCAUGAGGAAGACGACAAAGAAACAACUGAAAGGUGUGCCAAGUGCUGAGAGACCACAAGAAGACACACCAGAGGAAGUUGAAUAUGACGAAGUCCGACCUGAAGACUGUGAGCCUGUGAGCCAACCUGCAGGGGUCUCUACCCUCUACUUCUCUGCAGACCCAGACAGUCUCUAUACUAAUUAUUCCCACCACCAAUAUGUGACAUAUUCAAAAGAUGCUUCCAGCUCUGGGGUCAGUUCAGGGGGGGCGAGUGCAGAGAGCACAUAUCACCAGUGUGACUUGAUGUAUUCUGUUGUUCAACUACCCAAAGACCAAACUGAAGCCACUGAUCAAUCUGAACCACAUCAGUCUGAAAGCAUUGAGAAUGACUCUCUGUACUCCCUGGCUCAGCUACCACAGACAACCUGAGUGUGGCAGCUGCCAUCCAAAAUGAUAAAAAGGAACUUAUUGAUCAUCUGUUUGAUAUUUUUUAUGGAAAUGUAGAGAUAUAAUCCAAUAUGAAUAGUCAAGCAAAUGAUAAACAACAUAUUAUUUUAUUCUUCAGUAAUAAAAAGUCAUACAUCUUUCUUCUUAUUGAUUGAGUUUGAGAAAAGUAAUUUAGCCCCUAAGUGCAGGAUUUUUUUUACUCAACAAGGUGGUUUCAUAUUGAAAGAGUACUGCUGUAUUAAACUUUAUGAUUCCAGAUUUGAAUCCCCAAACUCUCCUGUCAAGACAACAAACUGAAAAAGCUGGUAAGAAAAUCUGUUGUGGUGUGUUCAUUUAAACACCGGAACCAGAAAUCUGUUUCGGUGGAUGUCUCAAACAGGUGGUUGGUGGAUGAUUAAAGGCAUAUUAAAAGAAA